CCAUGACCGGUUAACCACCCAACCUAACCGUUCAUAACCGGGCACGCUCCGGACGCGCGGAGUUCUAGUACUUCCGUCGCCCACCGCCGUCGCGGACGCUGUCCGGUUUCCGCGCUUUCGAUAGUAAUAUUAUUAUUACGCGGGUGACGCGACCGUCUGCGGCUCGCCGCUCAGUGCUCGCCGAUUAUUCGGGCGAUACGACUGCGGUUCGGACGCUAGACUGUCGGCGCGCCGCGAGUUUUCAUGCUCCACGACGUGAUUUUCGCUGCCAUGUUGUAGGUACGACCUUCAUCGACGUCGUCGACCGUGGUCAAUAUUAUAACCGCAGACAUUUUACAAUAUCGCGCGCACGCGAUAAUAACACCAAAUCGGUUUUUUCAAAUAUCUCGUUUCGCGCCGACGACGACCAUGGACGGCGAAAUUAAAACUUGGUGGGAGAUACCGAGUAUUGUACAUUUUUGUAAAGUUUUCAACCUUAUCACUAAAGAUAUCAGUCAAAUAGACAUAAAUGAAUUUGAAAAUGCAGUUGAAGAGAAUUCAUAUUUGUUGACUGAUAUGGCUAUCCGAUUUACCCAAAUUUGUGUUUCUUCUGAUCAAAAUACAAAUGAAUGGUGGAAUAAUAUGAAAGAACUUUUUCAGAGUAAAUGUAUUAUUUACAAUUUUAAAUAUCCACUAGAUUCAGCAACAUAUUUUGAUGAUUUAACACGUAAACAAAAAGUUGAAGCUCUUUACAUCUUUUGCAAUUUUAUUCUUGAUGUGAAGAAUAUUCAAAAUAAACUCUCCAAUAAUACAAAAAUACGCCACAUGUUGAACAUAACACCACUAGGUUAUGACCUAAAUAAAUCAGUGUAUUGGUAUUUUGGAAGCAAUAAAUUAUAUAGAGAAGACUAUGAGAACUCUACUAACUUACCAGUAGAGUAUUAUACAAACGGAAAAAUUCAAUAUGCACCUUAUCCGUCGGGAGUUUUUGGCCCAGGAAAAUGGAAUACAAUAUGCAAUGAUAUUGACGAUUGGAAUUCAUUAGCUGAUAUUAUCAAAUACAGUAAAAAUAAAAAUAUCAGAUAUUUACAUAGAGCAAUAUCUAAUAUUAUAAUAAAUCUUCCUAAAGUAAUCAAAAACAAAUCCCAUUAUGCAUAUAUAAAACCUUUAAAAAGUGUUUGUCAAAGAACUCUUCGAUCUAUGGAUGUUAUGAAUGCUGAAUGUAAAAAUGUGAUGACAAAUUCUAGUGUUAUUCAACACAAACAAUACUCACAAAAUGUUAAGAAAAACCAAACCAAACAUACAUAUGAUUCAACAAUUUCUCAAGGAAAUGAAACUUCUAAUCCAAAUGUACAUGACCAUAACCAUAAUAUUACAUACUCUACGAAUGUGUUAAACAAUAAUAUCCAAAUAGGAACAUUAAUCAAUAAUCCAGCAUUAAAAUUAGAGUUAGGAACUUGCUAUAAAAAAGUGCUAGAUAAAUGUGCAAAAAAAAAUAUAGUGUUUGAUAAGGUACCUUGUAUAAAGCUUGAACGCUGUGAUCGAGAAAAUACUCAUAAUUUAAACAACUUUAAACGUAAAUUACGAUCCUCAACAAAUGGAACUAAAACACAGCCAUUCAAAGAUUAAAAUUAUUACUCCUCUCAAAUGUAAUUUAUCCACAUAAAGUUUAAUGUUUAUCAAAUUAUAUCAAGAUAGGAUAUAUUUUGUUUAAAGUGUUGUAUUUAUUUAUGUAGAUAGUAUUUGUAUUGAUUUCUUUGAAAUUGAAUACUUGUAUUAAAACUUAAACUAUGAGAAAUAAGUUUUGUUUUAUUCUUACCUGUAUGAUAUUAUAUUAAGAUUAUGUAUAUAUUGUUUUCCUAAUAAAUAAUUAAAAUACU